UAGGUUAAAAUGCUAUUUUGGUGCGUCUUCCAUAACCUUCCGGGUGGAAUGGAAGCAUCCGUUUGUGCUUGGCUUCAACGUGGACGUGUCAUAGAAAAGUCUCCUAAAGCGACUUUAGGUGCAUCAAGUGGGAAAUCAAAACUAUGAUUGACUUUUGAUAAAAUACAUAAUAGUCAUUUUAACAUGUCGUUCCGGGAGUGGGCAGCGGCACAGCUGGCAGAACUCGAGCUGCUGACCAGCAUGUUCCCCACUCACGAGGAACUGGAGAUCGUGGACCAGCUGGCUCUGGCCGAGCUCCGGGACUAUGCCGGCGCCGAGGGUUCGCCGUCGGUUUCCACCGAGAGCCCACCGGCACCACCUCCCUCCUCCAGACCCCAGUUCGUCAUCAAGCAGAGGCUGGAGGAUGACGCAGAAGGGGGUAAACAAAGUGUGGACUUUAUUCUCACCUGCACGUAUCCACCUGAAUAUCCUAGUGUGGUCCCAGAGUUAACGGUUCGGUGUUGUGGGCUGAGCCGUGCGCAGCAGACACAGCUCCACGCUGGACUCAAAGCGCACCUGGCGGACGCCUGCCUGGGAGACGUGUGCGUGCUGUCAGCGCUGGAAUGGCUGAGGGAGAACUUGUGCGCCUUUGUUGACAAAAGCUCUUCGGCGCCAACGCCUCCUGCUUGCAAGGGCGAUGCGGCCUCGCCUCCGCCGCGGGAGGCGUUUAGUCGCCUGUGGAUCUACAGCCAUCACAUCUACAACAGCACCAAGAGGAAGAACAUCUUAGAGUGGGCCAAGGAGCUCGGACUGUCCGGUUUCAGCAUGCCCGGGAAGCCCGGCAUUGUUUGUGUGGAAGGUGCACAGGGGGCCUGCGAGGAGUUCUGGUCCAGAGUGAAGAACCUGACUUGGAAGCGGAUCACGAUUCGGCACCGAGAAGACGUUGGGCUACGCGACACGCCGAGCAACCAAAGCAUCGACUCCCUGCGCAAGUUCUCCGGCUUCGAGGAGGCGGCCUUCGACCCGCGUGGGAGUCGAGGGAACCACAUGGACCUGGGCCUGCUCUACCAGUUCUUGGAGGAGAAAGGCUGCUGCGACGUUUUCCAGAUGUACUUUGGUGUAGAAGGGAGGAGGUAGUUUCCGCGCACGGUGCCUGGUUCAGCUGCAGAGCCCUGAAAUUGGAUUGUCUGCACGGCGUCAUCACAGGGACCGAGCAGAAUGGUCCACUUCCUCUACUUUGUCCAUGUGAUAAAGCCGAGUUAUCUCAACCCAAAUCCCAGAGGACGCUUUGUAAUUAAGUCCCCCACACUUACAGUAAUAUGUCACAGCGAGUGUUUCUCCCGAGGUUUGUGCAAAAGUUGUCGGGGGGGGUUGCUAUUUGCUCUUCUAAUAGCGCCGCACACCCCGCGGAAGCGGCUCACUUCGCAAAUGCUGCUGUGCCGACUGCAUAGAUUUGAUCUGAAGAAUUAUAGAUAAGAAAAUCUCAUUUUCUUUAACGCUAAGGUAGAUCAAUCAGGGCGCACACUCCCAAUUAAAAGUUGUGAUUACUCAACGUGGGUCUGAGUCGCCAAUGACCGAGAUAAAAUCGAGGACUAAUUAGGAAAACUGACACAAAAUUAAACAGUUUGAUCAUGUUUAAAAGAUGCUGGACUGUAAGGCACAACCAUCAUGGGUUUGGGUUUCAAAUUCGGGUUUUUAGUCAAUGUUAGUGUUCCAAGUCAGGGUUUUAAACAAAGGUAGGUUUUGACGUUUCAAAUUAUGGUUUAAAGACUGCUUUGGUCAAAUUGACUGUUAGCAAUAGCAACAAAAUUAAGACAUGGAUCAGGCUUUCAUUUAAGGUUUCAAAUAAGGUUCUUAAACAAGGGUUAGCGUUUGAAAGUGAAAUGAUGGUUUGAAAUUAGGGCCUCUAGCCUGAUUUCGGGUUUUCAACAAGGGUUAGGGGUUUCAACCCGUUUACCGAAUGGGCAUCCCCAAAAAGAGACUUCUUGGGGCGCGUCGUACAUGUGCGUAUUCGGUUAUGGCCAGCAGAUGUCAGUGUUGAAUAAACUCAGUGCUUUUGAUUGAA